AUGGCGGCCGCACCCCCGGUGCCUCACUCUGUGCCCGACGGUGUCAAUGGCGGCCACUUGCGCUAUCAUCCCAUCGCCAUGAAUCCUAAUCCGCCUCAUCCACAAAUGCCACCUCCAGAUCAGAUGGUACAAAAUCACCACUUCCGUUAUUUCCGUCCACCACAGGCGAUGCACGAUGGGCAUGGUCCUCAAGGUCCGCCGGGACCCCCACCAGUACCACAACACAACCCUACUUCUCUGGAACAGAUUGAAAAUCGUCUGCGCCAGUUGGAACAUGAGGAAAUGAAUCGGAUGGCGACACGCAGCCAUAUUCUCGCAGCUCGCAAACGGGAGGAUGAAGAAUUUCGCAGGUUGACUGAAGGUGCCGAGGUCGAGGAGGAGCACCUUCAACACCCACAACCUGUGGUUCCUCAAGAUGCUCUCAACGGCGCUGGAUCCAUCCGCCGCAAGCAAAAAUACACCAUCAAGAACGUCGAAGCAUGGGGCGAGCGUCACGGUCGACCCGCCGCACACGAUCCCUCCGGCCGUGCCCUGUGGAAACGGCCAUCUGACGGCAGUUUAGUCUAUCUAACGUGCCCAAUUGAUGGAUGUGGGAAGAGUGACUUCGUUACACUCCACGGCUUCAUGUGCCACUUGACGAAGAAACAUAAAGACCGUACUCUGGGCAGCCAGUCGCGAGCCCUAGAACUCUGCGGCAUCGUCUACGAUCCCAACGCGCCUCUCCCACCAGUGACAGCCUCGAACCGAGGCUCAAUGGAGGAUAGUCCUGCUGCCAUGGAUCGUGAUAUGGACCCCGAGGAUGCGGAUCUGGAAUCCGAGUCUGAGAUGGACGAAUCUCACGAUGAGUAUCGUGUUAAGACGGAAGCCACAGAUCACUCCAUGCGCGACUCGGAGGACACAUCUGCCCGUGAAGAACCUUCUCCACUUCCUAAACACAUGCUCAAUGGCUCAACAAAGCAAUCUAUUCAUUCGAUCAUCGACCGCACUCCUGAAAUCGAACCCCGUGAGGCGCUCACUUCCCUGCCUCCCUCCGAGCCGAUCUCACAAGGCCCUACGCCUCUUCCUGAAUCGACUGUCCCUGCGAAGCGCAAAUACGAGCUGUCCCCGCCUGCAUCGGAGAAGGAAAACACCGAGCCCAAGGAAGGAUCAACAGUCGAGUAA